AUGGCCUUGAGGUACGAUGGCCUGGACGAACUGCCCGCCGCCUGCCUGUCGCCGUGUGGGCCGCCCAACCCGGCCGAACUGUACAGCGAGGAGCGGCGCUUGGCGCUCGAGGAGCUGCUGGCGGGCGGCCCCGAAGCCUUCUCGGCGUUCCUGCGACGCGAACGCCUCGGCCGCUUCUUGAACCCAGACGAGGUGCGCGCCAUCCUGCGCGCGGCCGAAAGGCCCGGCGAGGAGGGCGCGGCGGCGGGGGCCGAGGACUCUUUCGGCUCGUCGCACGACUGCUCGUCCGGCACCUACUUCCCCGAGCAGUCGGACCUGGAACCGCCGCUGCUGGAACUCGGCUGGCCCUCCUUCUAUCAGGGCGCCUACCGCGGGGCCACGCGCGUCGAGGCGCACUUCCAGCCCCGCGGCGCGGGCGCCGGAGGCCCCUACGGCUGCAAGGACGCGCUGCGCCAGCAGCUCCGCUCGGCGCGAGAGGUGAUUGCAGUGGUGAUGGAUGUUUUCACGGACAUCGACAUCUUCCGAGACCUGCAGGAAAUCUCUCGGAAACAGGGAGUUGCUGUCUACAUCCUGCUGGACCAGGCUCUGCUCUCUCAGUUUUUGGAUAUGUGCAUGGAUCUGAAAGUUCAUCCUGAAGAAGAAAAGCUGAUGACUGUCCGGACGAUUACAGGAAAUAUUUACUACGCCAGGUCAGGAACUAAAAUUGUUGGGAAGGUUCAUGAAAAGUUCACACUGAUUGAUGGCAUUCGUGUGGCUACAGGCUCCUACAGUUUUACAUGGACAGAUGGCAAACUAAACAGCAGCAACUUGGUGAUUCUGUCCGGCCAAGUGGUUGAACACUUUGACCUGGAGUUCCGAAUCCUCUACGCACAGUCAAAGCCCAUCAGCUCCAAGCUCCUGUCCAGCUUCCGGAUCAGUGGCAGGUUUGACCAUCUUGUCGAGCAGAAACCGCUGUCUAAGGAGCUCACACUGGGCAACCUGCUGCGGCUGCGGCUGGCCAGGCUCUCGAGCACUCCCCGGAAGGCCGAGCUGGGUGGCGAGGAGGGCCGGGCAGAGGCUGGGUGCGGGGCCUCCAAGGCCUCCACCAUCAGCGAAGAGGACUACUUCAGCAGCCGCAGGGACAGGCUGGAAGGCAGGAAGGCGACUGAUGCCGCCACUCAGACAGAGCCAGGAGAGGAGACGCCCGCUGUGAGCACGAGUGAUGUGGGGACACAAGCCAGCGCGGCCAUGGCAUGUGCCGGCACCCAGACCGCAGUGGCCACCAGGGUGGUGAGCUCCCAAACCGUGGUCCCGACCACAUCGACCACUACCCAAACUGACGUGGACGAGGGUGUUCUCGCCUCUCCGGGAAGCCAGUCUAAGGAAGCAUCACCAGUAUCAAAGAUGUCUGUGUCGCGCUCCUCCAGUUUGAGAUCCUCCUCCUCUCUGUCCUCCCAAGGCUCCGUGGCCAGCUCCAUCGGUUCCCAGACUUCCUUCAGAUCCACUGACUUUGCCACGCCUGGACACCCUAAGUACUGGAGCACCCCCCACUUCGAUCUGUGCUUCAGAGACUCAUUCAGAAACUUGAAUAAAGAGAGACAGUUUCACUUUGCUGGGAUCAGGUCCCGGCUCAACCACAUGCUGGCCAUGCUUUCAAGAAAAACAUUCCUUACUGAAAACUACCUUGGUUUUAAUUCCGGAAGUUUUGCCAGAUCAUCCACUAACUUGCUGGCAGUUCGAGAAAUCACCCUUUAUCCAUCUUAUCAGUGA